AUGGCAUUUGGACUGGGGCUUGCAGUUCUGCUGGCCUUCUCCGCGCUAUUCGGCAUCGCAGCGGUCGUCCAUUUCCACAGCGCUCAUCUAUCCCUCCCAGUCAGCUCAGCCGUAACCAUCCUCACGGUGCUUCUGCCCGUCUUCUCGUUUCUCAACUCCUUCAUAUACCCCAGCUUGCUUCAUUCCGCCCGCAACUCAUCAAACCCUCUCCAUCGACUCAGCCCAACCAUCCUGCAAACCCUCCAGGGUCUUUUCACCACCAUCCUCGCCACACUGCUCUUCGAAAAGGUGGUGCCUUCGGAAACGGUGGAAUGUCUGAUAGACAACCAGUGGCAGCACUUGUGGCGUAACCGCAAUGGGGAGGCGAUUCGCUUGAUUCAAGAUACCUUGAACUGUUGCGGCCUGAACACCCUCAAAGACAGGGCCUAUCCCAUUUCCGAUCCAAAGGCCUGUGCUGGCAUGUUUGGCCGGAAUCAGGUGUGCAGAGGACCCUGGAGGUCGGCGCUCAGGAGCAGUGCAGGAGCAGACUUCGGGGUUGUCGUGGCGGUGGGAUUGUUGCAGAUUCUGAGCCUGCUCAUGACCAGAGAAGGCACCAACUGGUGGACUGCAUGGCGCUCCGUUAGCUGGCACCGACAGCAGCAGGUCAAUCACCGAGAGAGCCGUCCACUACUCGCAGGCAUCCCCGAUGUAGAUGCAGACGAGGUUGUUGAGCAACAAGAGGACUCUCCCCGCCCGCUAGGAUAUCAGAGUCUGACCAACAACACCGAUGAAGAAAACAGGCCCAGAGUUGAGCCGUCUGGCAUCCGUACUACUCGCCAGGAGGCAAAUGUCUGGGAUACCGACAACUAA